CAUGAACAACAGCAAAAACCCUGCCUGAUCGCCGAUCGGGAUCCAUUUCCCUUCUCAGCUUCUCCAGCUUGCUGAAUUUCUUUUUUGAAGCUUUCGGGGAAGAUAUCAAUCUCAACAGGAAAUGGCCCUUCGCAGCAGAUUUCCGUCAAUUCGAGCCCUUCUCUCUUCCUUUGAGAGUUGUCAAUCUUCGCCUUUGCUCCCAAGCACAAGAAGCUACUAUAGUGGUAUCUCAAAUGGUCUUGGACUUGACUACUACAGAUAUUCACCAUGCUUGUCUAAGGUGUGCAAUGAUGUUCUUUGGACUCGCACAAGUUCAGUGACACUGCGUUCUUCAAUGGCAACGGAGGUGCCAACUUAUGUGAUUGAGAGGAGGAUGUCUACAUCGCAGGUUAAAGCACCACCUCAAGCACGACCCAUGGGAGCUCAAGUUUCCAUGUCAAGUCCAGGGCUAAUACAUGAACCUUAUGCACCACGUGAACGAAUCUCGUUUUGGAAUAGAUGGUUCACCAGAAGCGGUUGGAGAAGAACAAAAGAGGAUAUCAUCGUAGAGAUGAAAAGUGCCUAUGCAAUUUCUAAGUUAAGGAAAUCUGGAUAUUCCAAAAACAAGUUCUACCAAGAGGCCAUUCAGUUAUACAAAGAAAUAAACAUUCUGCUGGCGCAUGGCGAUAAAACCACAAUUAGGAAAGCAGUUACAGAGAAAAUGUACUCGGAACUUAAAAAUGAGAUUAAGAACAGAGAAUCGAGGUGGAGUAGAAUAUACUGGGAAAUGGUUGAACCAGUUGUCAAGAUACGAACUUUGAGAGCCCGACUGAUUGGUGUUGAUAGAAAUGAUCUCAAUAAAGCGUUCAUACAACUAACGCUUGAGUUCUUGACCAAACAGAAGUUUGAGGCUUAUGAUUCAAAAGGUACUGUCAUAGCUGGUAACAAGAACAAGGAGGUCCUUGUCCGUGACAUCUGGGUAUUCGAGAAAUCUCUUUUCCAUGCAGAUGCUUUCUGGCGGCUCUGCGGUCGAAUUUCUCUUAAGUAGUACCCUAGCAUCCACGUGAAGGGUCCAAGUAUACCAGUAGGAUCCUACUAGCAAAGUCUGAGACUUGAAUUCAACAUCAGAAACAAUGAGAUUCUGGUACUGUCUUCAUAUGCAGCUGCUGCACUUUUCAAAUUAGCUUGUAGAGUUACCUUGUCAAAUUUUGGCUCUGAGGGACCAGAGUUAGUGGUCAGUAGAGUGAGUAGAAAUAAUGAAGAACAUGAACUAGGCAACUGUUAUUAGAUCAUAUCUCGAAAACUCAAGAUCUUUACUGCUUGAUGUCAAAACAAGCUUGACUUGUUUUUUUAUCGAUCCAAUUGGAUUCGGGAUUUGGUGAUAAGAUAAAUGCUGGUCAACACA